AUGCCGCCGAGACUACCGUUGUUCCCGGCCUUCAAGGCCCCGGGCGCCUUCAUGGCCCGGAUCGCGCGACCUUUCUCCGCUACUCCUGCUGUGUCUGAGCCCAGAAGACCAAUCUCGAAUACCGACAGCCUCCUGGGCCUCGACGAUCAGAAAGCGCCUAUCGACCGAGCUAGGACUCUCAUGUCGAAGAACCCCCUGGGCGGAGCACGUAACGCUGCUAUCCGCCAGCGCACGAUGCUCGAUUCGCUCAAGAAGCAGAAGAUUAGCGACGACUACCUCAAGCAGAUGCCUCGUCGCUGGCGCAACGGCAACGUCUACGCCCCGCAUGACCUCAGCCCCACGGAGAUGGACAAGUGGAGGAGGAUCCGAAAGCCGGAGGUUGAUGUUAUCGACAUGCUGGGCAUCAACCCCAAGGACCACUACAGGAACUUCGCCAUGGUCUCUGAAUUCAUGACCCCCUUCGGACAUAUCAUGCACUCCAAGGACACGGGACUGAGGCCGGUCAACCACAGGAGGAUGACGAAGGCCAUCCGAAGAGCCAUUGGAAUGGGUAUCCACCCCAGUGUGCACCACCAUCCCGAGAUUCUGAAGAAGACGUUCAAGCAGGCAUGGAGGUAA